AUGUCCGCAAACACCGAGAAGAACGCGGAGAGCACCGGAUCCAAGCUUAUGAAGAAGCUGAGCCACAAAAUCUCCCCCAGCAAGGAGGAAAGCAGCAAAAGCGGAUCUGGGCAGGAUAUCCUUGACAGAGCAGGAUCUAUCAGAGAGCAAGUCAGCCACGGAAAAUAUGGCGCUGCCGCCCAUGAAAUGAUUGGCAAGGGGCAGUCCAGUGCAAGCGCCCCCAGCAAAGCCGAGACAGAAGCAGCCAUGAAAGAGCAGCAAGUCGGCCGUGAAAACUAUGAAGGCACUGCUCAACAAAUCUCCGGCCAAGGACAGUCUAGUGCGAAUGCUUCCAGCCAAGCAGAGCAGACCGGCGGAGGCAUGAGUGGCAGCAAACCCCAGGAAAAAGCAGAGGAAGCUGGUCGGCGGCUGUUCGGCACAAACCCGCCCGCCCAGGAGGUCACCGGACAGCAGCAAACUGGUGGUGGACUGUGGAAUGGAAGUGGCGGCCAACAGAAAAAGGACGGCUUGUGGAGUGGAGGUGGUUCCAGCAGCAAGAAUGAAAACCUGAACCCGCCCCCAACCUGGGUCGAAGGGUCUGGCAGACGCCCUUCACGAGUGCAAGAAAACUAUGAUAUUAAAAGAGGUCCAAUCACUUCGGGGUACUCUUUGGGCAAGAGGGACUCCACGGGAAGAACAUCGCAUGGGGGGCCAGGAGCAGGAGCAGGAGACAGUGGCAGUGGCAGCAAAGACGUCCCCAGCACUGGAAAAACAGCUUCAGGAAACCUCAACCAGGCGAACCCCGAUAGCCAUCCGCAUGUCGGUCAAAUUCGUUUCAGCGAUGCCAGCAUUGACGACGAGCUUGCCGAGCAAGGCCAUAUCAGCUCCGAUGUUUUCGGUGGUGGAUCUGCCAGCAAAGGCAUUUCCGAACAGUCCGGUACUAGCAAGGACAUCUCAAACAGAAAAACCCUCGACAGUCACAAUGCGAACAAAGGUGUUUCUGGCAUGGGCAGCAGCAGCCAAGCGACUUCCAGCAAAAAGGAAACCACCAUGGACUCCUACAAAAAAACGGAUACUAGUCAAGGCACAAACAUUCCCCAGGGUAUCUCCACUGGCGGCGGUGCCAGCCAGGGCAUCCAGAAUACUUCCAACAAAAAGACCAAGGACAUGGGGUAUUUCAGAACAGACGCAACCAAAGACGUUUCCGGAAAAGACGGCCUCAGCCAGAACAUCCCCAGGAAAGAUGUUCCCGUCGGUACUUACAGCAACUAUGGCACCAGCCAGAACCUCCAGGGAACUUCCACCAAAGAAAGCACAACCGGAGGCUACUCUGACUCGUAUGCCACUCAAGACACCUCUGGAAAACUCUCUGGUAUCAGCCAAGACUACUCCACUGCAGGAUAUACUGGUCAAGGCUCUUCCAGCAAAGACAUGGCGGGGGGCAUCUCUCCCACUUCUGGUGUAAGCAAAGACCAAUUCAGCCAGCGUGACACUCGCCAGUCUACUUUUAACCAAGGAAAACUUGACCAGAGUGUAUUCAGUCCUGAUACUCGAGGCGGGGGUAUGGGCCAAACUGGAGAUACGGGCCGAGCUAGAGGUAUAACCAAUGCUAGAGCUAUGGCCCAAGAUGGUGGCAUGAGCCAAGGUGCUUUCGGCAGUGGCAAGGGGACCACAGAAACACGAGCUCGAGAUGUUACCACCGGACAGACAACCGAAGCGCAUUCCACACAAAGUGGAUUUGGUCCGGGAGCCGCCAGGAGCGGAGGUCUCGGCCAGGGCUUUGGCCAGAGAGGUGUCAGAACUGGCGAACUUGGCUCUGGAGGAACCAAGACCAUGGCUGGUGGAACAAUUACUCGCGGAGAUGGAACCAUUCGCGGAAGCAGCUACAAGGUGACCGUGCUGCAAGAGAAGAUCCAGACCGUCUCUCAGAAGUGCAAGUCUCAGCUCGGUCUGUCUGCCAGUGAAAUCAGCCAGCGCAGUCCUAAGGUGGACGUAUUUUUCGACGUUGUCGCUGCUGAACGUCUGCGAUGGAUGCCACGCGAUGGCAGCAGACUCGAUUGUAGUCUGAGAUGGGCUUCCCGACUUGCAUAUGCCGUUGAUGCGCUUCGCGAGUCGGUUGGAGAGUUUGCACCUGGCGCCACCGAGGCCGCGAUGCUGAUCUGGGGAUUUUGUAUUCUGCUUCUUGAAUCCGACAUUGAUAACACGGAUCUCUUCGAGAGUGUUUUCGGCAGAUACGGCCGUGUAGCUGUCGGAAUCCAUCUGCUCUUGCAGUACCAGACUGCGUACAUGUCCUCUCCAGAACUCCAACCUGAAGCGGCUGCAGCCUUUGCUGAUCUGUUGGAAAUGGUCUGCAACACUUCUGGCAGCUGUAUCGAGGGAUUCAAGAGCAAGGAGCCAAACCAGGUAAUCUCGCGGAAUGUUGAUGCUGCGUUCAUCACCUACGCCCGUCGAUAUUCCACACACUGGAACUGCAUUGUCGAGUCUAGCACCUCCAAGAUUGUUGAUCAAAGCUCGCAAAUCUAUGCCAGCCCCGAACUGGGAAGCCUCCGUCAAUUCCUGAGUGUGCAGGACCGUCCGCUCCAAUUCAUCCUGGAGGCUCGCUCCCACACCCUUGCCGAGGGCUCUUUCGAAUGGUUUAACAAUGCCCUCUACGACUUCACUAUGGAAAGCUCCCCUCUGAUGCUGGUCACCGGUGGUCCUGGCUCCGGAAAGAGCGCUCUUGCGCAGUGGACCGUGGACCGGCUCCAGGAGUCGGCCGAGCACGAUGCUUGGGAUGUUAUUCCGUACACAAUCAGGGCCGAUAUCCCUGUUGCAACCCUGCCUUUGCGCAUCUUGAAGGGCAUCUUGCACCAGAUGUUGGAUCACUGCGUCAGUGAUCAGCGUACCCAGGAAGCAAUUCUUGUUGAAGUCGCAAAAGCGGCACAGGGAGCUCUAGAUGGGGCCACUGAAAUGGAAAUUGACGAAGGCCUUUGGAAGGGAAUUCGCGCCGGCUUGCAGUCAAACAUCCAAUUCAUGUUUGUGGUUGACGGACUUGACCAAAUUAAAGGUGGCGAGAAAGAAGCGCUUGCGUGCCUUGAACAAUUCCAUGAGGUUUUGACCGAGCAGAACGCUGGAUCGAAGAUGAUUGCCUUCAGCCGACCUCUCAGCUCGAAGAUGCCAGGCCUGGGCGUUCAACAGUUUGACAUUCAGUCUUCUCAGACUCAGACUGACAUGGGAGCCUACGUGCGCAAAAUGCUCUAUUCCGAGUCACAGUUUGAUACCUUUAAAGAUGAUCAGCUUGAUUCGGCUGUGUCGGCCAUUGUCAACCGCUCUCAAGGCUCUUUCAGCUGGGCCGAGAUGGCUGUUAUUUAUGCCCGGCAGCAGAGGACUUUGAACCACGCUGUUUCCGCUGUGCAUACUCUCCCACAGUCCAUGACCGAGUUUCUUGACUUCCAUCUCAAGAACAUCGACUUCAAUCAGCACGAGACGCGAUGCAUCAUGUCCUGGCUUGCAGCCGCAGAGAGACCUUUGCUUGUUGAAGAAGUUGAUGAGUUGCUGAAAGUCGAUGCCAAAGGCUCCGGUUUCAAAUCUCGUCGCACCAGUAGCGACAGUUCAUUCAAUUCGAUGGCUCCACUGGUUAUGACUCGCGAUGGCGUUGUCUCUUUUGCGCAUACUUGCAUUCGUGACCAUGUCAUCAGUCAGGCAAGAUCUCUCAGUACGAAGUCAGGGCUCAAUCUCAAGGAGGCACAUUAUGAUCUUCUUGCCAGGUGUCUCGCCUGGGUGCAGUUGAGCGUUCGUGAGGAGGCUGACCUGUCCUUGGACAAGCUGAACAUGGAGGAGCGCAACCGACUCUUUGACAAAUAUGUCAUCCUGGAGUACACGGCACGAUACUGGCUAUCACAUCUCUUAUCUUCGCCUCUGGUGAGCGACGAGGGAGAAUUCCAGUUCAGCAAUGACUUCAAAACGCUACUUCCUGCAACAGUUCUCUUUGCUCGUCUUGAGUUAACCUGCAAAGAAUCGCAGUUUACUCGGUCCAGCGUUCUUGAACUCUAUCGACUGGCAACUGACAUUCGUCGCAUUGUCUUGGGAGAGAAGUCCCCAGCGUUCCUCCAGAGUCUGCUUCUCAGUGCGCGAGUAUCCAAGCUGGCGCAUGCCGAUUAUGCGGAUGAGCACUGCUACGAGGCAUGGAGGCUUAGCCAGGAGCUUUUGGGUCAAUCGUAUUCUAUCACCUUGACCUGCACUGAGAUGAUGACCCAGUCAUUCAGCGAAAAGGGCACGAUUACCUCUCAGCAGGAGGACAUCAUGAAGUACUUGAUCCUGACUGACUCCGAAAUCACUGGUGUCGAUUUCAACCAGCGCUUGCGGUAUCUUGGAAUGAUUGUCGGCAUGUACAAGUCUCGUGGUGAUAACGACUCUGCUCUUCUCAUGUCCAAGCAGUUCUACCAACAGAUUCUUCAGAAGUAUGGCAGCAACUCGAGUCAAUCCUCCGAGGCAGCCGAGUUCUUGACCGAACAAUUCUCCACCACUGGAAGCGAUGAAAUGAGCAAGGAUAUUGCGAGAACCAAGUACGACAACAUGGUCCGGACCCUGGACGUCACCGACGAGCGUCGCAUCAAGUACUCUUUGUACAUGGCUCAGAUGUACGAGCAGCACGGCGAUAUCCUUCAGGCACAGACUAUUCUGUCAAGCCUUUGGGCAGGCCUCAAUUCUUGUGACAUUGAUUCUGUCGACAUGAUGGACAAGAAAGCCAACGUCGCCCUGGUCUAUUAUCAGUUCCUGCGUCGCCAAGGCUACAACGAUGAGGCAGAGGUCAUCAUCCGCGAACUGGUAGCAGAUCUCGAAAUUACUGGUGUUCACUCUGCGGAAAUGAUGCAGAGAGUGCAGAUGCUCCGAGCCGAGACCCGUGAGAUGCGCCUGUACAGCUUGGAUCGGUCCUUGGCGGUUCUCAUGUGGCGCUACUACAAGGAGAACAACUUGGAGUACACUACAGAUGCAAAGACCCUGGCACUGUCGCUCGCUGAGAGUAUGGCAAACACCGUCUCCAUUGAGGAAGCGUCUUCUUUGUCCACCCGGGAUCGCAAGCUGCUCGUUGAGCUGUUGGAUUCCAUCACCUCGUCUCCAACCAAUUUGUCGGUUGGUACUUUGAUCUUGUGUCACAAUCUUGCCAGUAUAUACAUUCGCGAGGAAGACUGGGCCGCCGCCAGUGACUGCGCGAUGGCCGUCCUGCAACAUGUUUGGCCGUCAGUUGAACGUCCCUCGUCAUACCACAAGUUCUCCACCGAGUUGGCACCACCUGUUGCAGACAUUGCUCUGAUUCUGGCUUACUGCCAAUUCCGCAGGCUUCAUCUGCAACAGGCCACAGUUGUGUACGAAAAUGCAUUUGGUUCUUUGAUCUCAUCUGACACAGUCCCGGUGGCCUCUGUCCUGGCUGUGGCGAAGGCUGUCGUUGAAUUCUACGAGACCUCCUUCCAGUUCGAAAAGGCGCUGACACUUCUUCAUACCGUGAGCAACUUCCUGACUUCUCGCCUUGGAGGUACACACAAGCACACAAUCGAAAACAUGUAUCUGGAAGCCAGCCUCGCAACUCGUCUCGAGAUGAACAACGAAGCCAAGAGCGCCUACCAGCGCAUCUACCAGACCACUAUGCAUAACGACAAGAUUUCUCCAGAGGGCACGGAAGCCGCCCUUGCGCUCAUCGGUCUCUAUGAGAAAGAAAUGCAGUGGAAUUCUGCGCUGGACAUCUACAGACAUCUGUGGCCGACUCUUGUUGUUGAGGAUGGCAUGCGCCCGGCUGAUCCGAUCCAAGAGGAGGAUCUCCUGGAGAAGACAUAUUUGGGAUACAUGUCCAUUCUCACUGCUCACACAAAAUCUACAGACUUUUCUGAGCGGUACCAAGUGGCAUCCGAAUAUGUCAACACUUGCCGAAACGUCUGGGGCCCCACGCACCAGAAGACACUCAAUGCAACUCUGCUCUUCGCCGAGCUGUGCGAGACCAGUGAUUCCUACAUUGACCAGGCCAUCUCGCUGUACAAGCUGCCUCUACAGACGAACGAAUGGGUGCCUGCUUCCCAGUCAGCCAAGGGCCUUGAUCAGAUGACGCAGCCGCUGCCCAUUACCCUCAAGCACAAGAUGGCACAGCUCUUUGUACGGAAACAUGAUUCCUCCAACGAGGCGCGCUCUCUCUACACGGAGGAGUUCCAGCUCGCCAAGAAGACCCAGGGACUAUUUUCCACCACUACGCUAUCCUGGCUGCGCGAGCUUGCUUUGGCCCAUGCUCGCCAGGGCACCUCGACCGGAACCCAACAGGGCACUGCCAUCCUGCACACCUACGUGACUGAUGUUUUGCACGCCGGUGGCGACCCUGAAAUGAUGGACGACUGGGCCCGCAAGGUUGCUGCCAUCUACCUGGAGUGUGGUUUUAUUGACGACGGCAGCAUCAUGCUCGACGAGCUACGCCAACGCGUGAUGUCCGGAUCCGAUACCACGGCCAUGACUCUCGGUGACCGGCGUGAUGCCGUCUUUGUGGCUGCUUUUGAGGAAGUAUUUGGCCGACGUGCCACCUCGACUCAGAUCAUGGCUGAGAUGGCGCGCGAGGUGCAGACUCAGCAGACCUUUACCAAGAACCUAUCUGGUCAUGACUUUAUUCCGACACUGAUCUCGGGCGAUCGUCUGGCCCGUCUACAGACUCAACAGAAGCGUACGCGCGCUGCCAUGGACACGCGCAGCCGGCUGUACGACUACUUCUGCAGCAACUUGUCCGCUACAAACAUCGCGAACAAGGAAAUUGUGCAGCAGUUCUACCGUCUCUGUCUGCAGGAGAUCCACAAUGAUAACUAUAACAUCAACAUCCUCACCAAGACUACCGACCUGGUUCGCGACUUGUGCAACUCCUCUCGCUUCGAGGAUGCCAGUACACUCACCGGGGUGUUGCACUCUUUCCUGCAUUUGACCGACGGCCUCAAUGACUACGAGAGCAUCACGACGGCCACCAGGCUGUGCUUGUACUUGAGCGGUCACAGUGCCACCAAGUGCGAGGAUGAAAAGACCUUCCAAGCCAUGUCCAUAAUGUCCAAGCAUAUGCUUCAGGAGAUCAUGGAAGCCUCGAAGACCAUUGGUAUCGAGAUAAUUGAUCUUCCAUUCCCGGAGCUCAACGAUAUGAUCACUCUGCUGGGCGAGCACGAGAUGUUCGACGACCUGGAAGCGAUCCUAACCCAGCUCUGGACCUCGCGCAUUGUCCAGAGGACCUGGACACCUGAUGUCGUGGUUUGGAUUGGGCGACGUCUUGUGGAGACCCGCUUUUGUCGCGGUUCUGUCGACUCUGCAAUCCAGCUCUGUCGCGACAUUUGCUACAAUCUGCGCCAGGUCUGGGGCAGUUGCGACGGCGUGACCUUGAAUAUGACUAAAUUGCUGUCCGCACUUUACACUGCCUCUGACAAUCACCAGUCCGCAGCCACUUUGCAUGAGGGUGUGCUAUACGACCUGCUCAGUGACUCCGAGGCAAAGGAUCACCCUCGUGCCGCGGACACUGCGUCACAGCAUAUGGAGCUCCUCCGCCGCGCGCAGAGCCGCAUGGACACGGCAGGCAAAACUUCCACGAGAGCUUUAGCACAUGCAGAUCUAUAUGCGCAAGUGGUCGAUCAUUUUGGACUCGCAUCAGAGCAGAUCCAGGAUGUGGGUGCAGCUCACGGCGGCGACCAAUUUGGCAUGUGGUCUCGACCCAGGCGCUUCAGCUUGGAUGUUGAAGACCUGGAUGAUCAAAGUCAGGGUGAGAUGCACCAAAAUCAUCUGCGUGAAUCGAGUAGCGUGGGUCUUCUGAAUGGUAGCGGUGCUCCUAGGAGAAUCUCGGUGCAGGCUCUGUAG